CCGAUUGCCCUAUCCAUGUCAGGUGGGUGUUUGUGCCCACAAGAGGCCGAAGUACUAAUUACCCCCCUUUCCCACCCCCGACUUUCAUUCUCCGCGUUGGAUUGUUUUCUCUUCUCAGUCACCCCCUUGUCCUGUUCUUUGCUUUGGUUGUUUGAGACAAGCCUCAAGGAAUAAAGGAAGCAUAGGGUCUCACCUCCAACGACCCCCCCGAUUGACGCCUUCUUGACCAAACCCUUUUUCCUCUGAACACACACCAUGGCCCCCAACUUUGCUGGCCUGAGUGGUCGCCCUCUGGGGUUGACGAUCUCGACCGUGGCGACCAUGGGUUUCUUGCUCUUCGGUUAUGACCAGGGUGUCAUGUCCGGUAUUAUCAGCGACAAGGCGUUCAACGAUGUCUUCACAGCCACCAGGGGCGACAUGGUUAUGCAAGCCUUGGUGACGGCCGUGUACGAAUUGGGAUGUCUGGCGGGUGCCAUGUUCGCCCUCUUCUUCGGUGACUCGACCGGUCGUCGCUGGAUGAUCUUCUCCGGCGCCAUCGUCAUGAUCGUCGGUGUGGUUAUCCAGGUCACCGCGUUCGUUGACCACAUCCCCCUGCUGCAAUUCUUCAUCGGUCGUGUCAUCACCGGUAUCGGUAACGGCAUGAACACCUCGACCAUCCCCACCUACCAGGCCGAGUGCUCCAAGACCAGCAACCGUGGUCUGUUGAUCUGUAUCGAGGGUGGUGUCAUUGCCAUCGGUACGAUGAUCGCCUACUGGAUUGACUUCGGUGCCCACUACGGCCCGCCUGACCUGGUCUGGCGUUUCCCCAUCGCCUUCCAGAUUGUCUUCGGUGUUAUCAUCAUCGUCGGAAUGUUCUUCCUGCCGGAUUCUCCUCGCUUCCUGAUCUCCAAGGGCCGCGUCGAGGAGGGUGAGUACGUGCUGGCUGCCCUGGGCGGUUACGAGGUCCACGACCACGAGACCCAGGUGCAGAAGAACCUGGUCAUUGACUCUCUCAAGGCUUCCGGUGCCGGUGACAAGACCCGCUACCGCGACCUCUGCACCGGUGGUCGCUCUCAGCACUUCCGCCGCAUGCUUAUCGGUUCCUCGUCCCAGAUCUUCCAGCAGCUGUCUGGUUGCAACGCUGUCAUCUACUACCUGCCCGUCCUGCUGAAGAGCUCCCUGCACCAGACCAACGACGAGGCUCUGCUCAUCGGCGGUAUCAAUAUGAUUGUGUACGCCGUCUUCGCCACCUUCUCGUGGUUCUUCAUUGAGAAGAUCGGUCGCCGCAAGCUGUUCCUGGGUGGCUCGUACCUGCAGACCAUCGCCAUGAUUAUCACCUUCGCCUGCCUGAUCCCCGACGACCCCCAGAUCUCCAAGGGUGCCGUGUUCGGUCUCUUCCUGUACAUGGCCACCUUCGGUGCCACCUGGUUGCCUCUGCCCUGGUUGUACCCCGCUGAGCUGUCGCCCAUCAAGACCCGUGCCAAAGCCAACGCUGUGUCCACCUGCUCCAACUGGCUGUUCAACUUCACGGUCGUCAUGUUCACUCCCCCGUUGGUCGGCGGUGCUGGCUGGGGUACCUACCUGUUCUUCGCCGUCCUGAACGCCCUGUUCAUCCCCGUGAUCUGGUUCUUCUACCCCGAGACCGCUAACCGCAGUCUGGAGGAGAUCGAUCUCAUCUUCGCCAAGGGCUUCACCGAGAACAUCAGCUACGUCAAGGCCUCGCACGAGCUGCCCAAGCUGACCGACGAGGAGGUCGAGCAGAAGGCCGCCGAGUACGGCUUCGGUACCGAUGCCCCGCCGAGGCGGAGAAGGGCCAGGCCACCGAAUUCUCCCCUGAGGGAAGCCACAAGGAGAACUCCGAAUAAAUCGAUCGAACUCAAAAAAAAACAGAUCGUGAGCAGAUGUUGCACCAGAUUGGGUUGUGAGAACGUGGGAAGUCCGGACUGGCUGAAAUAAUGCUGAGUCCGAGUUUUCCCUCUCGGUGGCUUGUACAGGACGACGGCUUUCUUUCCGUACAUUAUCCUUUUUACCUCCUAUCAUUCUUCCUUCUUUGCGCCUGGAUUUUUGGUUGGUGUCCUUUGCCAUUUGAGUUGUUCAGAUUGGCCCGACUCUAGUGCAAACUGCCGGAUAUAUUCCCCUUUUGUGAUUUUUUUCUUUCUCAUUUCCUAUUUUUUAUUUCUUAUUCCCAUUUCCUUGGAUCUUAUGUCUUUUUUCUUUAUAUCUUUUUGAUCUUUAUGCGACUACCCCUGAAUCUGGUCCGUGGAUCGGAUAUUGAACUGAACUUGCCCAGCGGCAAGAGCUUGUAUGUUUAUGAUGGCUGCGUCUUCGAGGAACGGCCGGUACCAUUAGAUAGACCAAGAGUC